AUGUGAUUAUAAUUGAGUCUUUAAGGAGAAGAAAAUUAUCUAUUUCCUUAAUUAUUAAAAAGAGGUUUAAUUAAUUAUUAUUCUGAGAUGGUUUUUACCUGUGUCGCGAAGAUUGACGAAGAAAAAAAAAGCUUUUAAAUUUUUUCGUGUUGGAAAUAUCUUUAGAGAGGCGUUGAUUAGGUUUUUAAUUUCAUUCGUAUCGCAAAUAGUAGGUAUUUCAAAGACUUCCUCUGCAUAUAUGGGAUAAAUAUUGAGAAACGGCAUUACAAAGACGUCUUGGCGUUUUAUUCAACAAUAAAAAAAUAAUAAUAAUAUAAUAUUUGACAAUUGUUAUCUGGUGGCUAUUAAAUGUCGGAUCUACAAAGCAAUUUUUUACCGUUACAAUUUCUCGGUUUUACAAAGCCAUAUUUAACAGUUUUUAUCUGCCGCUUUUGCAUUCCAGUUAAAGAAAUUUUACCGGUUUUAUGCAACAAUAUAUAAGAAUAAAUUUUAAUUUAUCAGAAUAAACUAGAGUUUACAAGAAAAUUUAAUACUAAUGUCAGAUGUUUAUUUAACAAUCAGGUCAGAUGAAAAGCUGAUUAGAGAUAAUUAUGUCGUAUUAAAAUUUAUAUUUUUAUAGCUAUUUAUACUAUCUUUAACUGAGGUUACAUUGAAUAACGAGUAUAAUCUUCAGCAAUUUCAAAGGCGGUAAAAGUUUUAUAUUCAACUUUGUUCUGGUAUCAAACGUUGCGAAGGUGAACACAGAUAUCUAUUUAAAGAGGAGUCAUUAGAAAAAUAUUUUACUAAUGCAGGAGGACGAAGAAAACACACAUAACAUUGAAAUGCCAUUGGAGUCAAGAACUGGACCUGAAGGUCAAUCAUCGAGAAAGAUACUUUCUUCUAAUGAGGAAGCAUCAAAAAUUGUUGAGAAAUCUGAAGAUAUGAUGGAAACUUUAAAAUACUGCAAGUUCAGCAAAAUUGGUUGCAAAUUUACGGGAAAUAGGUUCGAAGUUGAUUUGCACAUGGAUAUUGCUAGCGAAAAACAUCUCGACUACGUUUUAAAAUCAAUUCAAGAAAUUAAAAGCGAAUAUAUUAAAAAAGAAAAUAAAGUCAUUGCAAAGCACGAUAGUAAAUUAAAAGUGUUGCAGGAAUACAUUUGUAAACAAAACAAUGCUAUAAAAGAUCUUCAUGAAACUAAUAGACAAUUAGAAACUUCAGCUAGAGAUUUUGAAGUUCAGCUAACGAGCAUAUCAGCUAGUAAUAGCAAACUAAUAGAUGAAAUGAAUCGCUUGAAAAUUCAACUAAUAACUUUACAAGAGGAACUACUAGAACACAAAGAUAUAAAUUUUACUGGUUGUCUAAUGUGGAAAAUUACAGAGGUAUCUGUUCACAUAACAAAUGCAGUUAAAAAACAAAACCUUUCAAUUUAUAGCAAACCAUUUUAUACAAGUCGUUAUGGAUACAAAAUUAGAGCUCAAUUAUUUUUAAACGGACUAGGCUGUAAUACAGGUCAAUACGCAUCCAUAUAUUUUCAUCUACUACCGACAGAUCACGACAAUAUUUUAAGUUGGCCAUUUAGACAUAAAAUUUCAUUUUCCCUUCUUGAUCAAUCAGGUGAUAAAACUAAAAAUAUUUCGUACGCUUUAUGCCCAUCUGUUGACGAUAAACAGUUUAAACAGCCAUCUGUUAAUAUGAGCGAAGGCAAAGGGUUUAAUAAAUUUUUUUCAAUCGAAGAACUUAAAAGAGAUAACUAUGUGAAACAAGAUUGUGCAUAUAUAAAAAUACGUAUACACUGCAAAACAAGCAGUAGCAACUAAAUUAUGAUGAAUGAAUAUUAUUUAAACCUCAUAAAUAAAUAAACGAAAAGCUCUAA